GUGUUGGAAAUAGGUGUCGAAUGCGAUUUACAGAAUUCGCAUUUUUCGAGUCGGUUGUGUUUUUCUUUUCCCGUGCAGUUAUAAUAAAGUGUCGAAUUUACAUGUAAACAGUAAAAAGGAAAGUGCUAAUACUUUCUCAAAAUAUUUUACGCAAUUAAUUUGCUUUCAUAGAUUUUGUCGAUUUUUUGUCCUGUCGUUGUAGAAAAUCAUAAAAAUCGGGUGAAAAAAGGAGUGUGCCCGUGUGAUGCAUUGUCAAAGGGAGUGAGAGUGUAUUAACGAAAUUUGUGACAAAAGCUAACGCGCGAAAAAAGUGCAAAGCAACGACAAGAAAUUUGUGCAAACGGAGAAGUAAACGACAAACGUGAAACCGACAAAAUACAGAAAAAAAGAAACAAAAUAGUGGAGCGAAAGCACAAUUUCAUUCCAUUUUGAAAAAUCAUCUAAUUUUUCAACAAAUAAGCAAAGUGUAAAGUUUCUAUAUUUUAUUAACAAUAAAAGUAGGAUACAGCGCUAAUACUUGCAGGCGUCGCAAAAUAAAUAAAAGUCAAAUCAGGAUAUAAACUAACAAAAACUACUGUUACAAACUACACUCAGCUAAGAAUACAGUUGCUGGCGCAUAAAUUAAAACAGCGGAAACACCGACCGGAAGUACGGCGUAAAGUCAAACACUUAACACAGCACAGCAACAGCGACAACAACAACAAAAGUCAGACAAAAUGAGUAAAAAACCGACAGUCGGACCCGCGCUCCACAAAGUGAUAAUGGUGGGCAGCGGUGGUGUCGGCAAAUCGGCACUGACACUACAAUUCAUGUACGACGAAUUCGUGGAGGACUACGAACCAACCAAAGCAGAUAGUUAUAGGAAAAAGGUCGUUUUAGAUGGCGAAGAAGUACAAAUAGAUAUAUUGGAUACUGCCGGGCAGGAGGAUUACGCCGCCAUACGCGAUAAUUAUUUUCGCAGCGGCGAGGGUUUCCUCUGUGUCUUCUCAAUCACAGACGAUGAAAGCUUCCAGGCAACACAAGAAUUCAGGGAACAAAUUUUGCGUGUGAAAAAUGACGAAAGCAUACCGUUCCUGUUGGUGGGCAACAAAUGCGACUUGAGCGACAAACGCAAAGUGCCGCUGAACGAAUGCCAGACACGAGCCCAACAGUGGCAGGUGCCCUACGUGGAGACCUCCGCCAAGACGCGUGAAAACGUCGACAAGGUAUUUUAUGAUUUAAUCAGGGAUAUUUCUUCACGAAAGAAACAACGUCAGUCCGAUGUGCGACAGCCGCCAAAAACCAAAUCUCAUUGCUGCCAACUGCUGUAAUAUUCAUGAAAUUUGAAAAAGAAAAACGAACAACAUCAUUAGAAAAACAAAAAAGAGGAAUACAAAAACGCUGCAAAUCUGAAACGACGCUGAGGAACAACACAAGCUGAAUGCCGCCAAUCAACAAUGACAAUGACGACGAAUGAAUAAAAACAAAAUAUUAUCCAUUUAGAUAAGAAAGAAUGAAAAACAAAAACAACAACAUGCAAAACUGCUGUAUUUCGAAGUGAAACUAAAACAAAAAUAAAAAACAGUUACAGCAAGUGCUAAAACUGCAGCGCUAACUAUUCGGCAUGCAACGCUGUUAUAUUACAACAAUGCAAGCGAAAAUGAAAACAGCAUAUACAACUCAAUUUAUGCGUAAAUUUGUAAAAAAAAAUGAUAUUUAAAACCUAUCAGCCACUUAUACUUGCAUGCUUACGUACAUACAUACAUACAUACAUACAUACAUAAGUUUAUAUAAAUAUAAAGCAACACCAAUUGUAAAAUCAAUCAACAACGUAUUGUAUUCAAUAAAUGAACAAAAACCAAAAUAUACAACAACAACAUAAACCUGCAGACUUUGUUAAUUUUAUGCGAAAAUUAAUAUUAUUUAUGUUUAUAAAAGUUUCAAUUUGUAUUUGAUACUCGGUGGAAAGCGUAAAACUUGAUUACUGAACGUUUACUUGCAACAACAUACAUAUAUGUAUGUAUAAAAGCGCUGAAAUAAAUCAAGUUUUAAACACACAUUAAACGGAGAAAACAAAAUUUUGGCAUUUUUUUGUGUACUAAUUUUGCUUAUUUCUAAUUUGGCUUGUGUUUAUUGUUUAAAGCAGAGCUCCCGAGCAAGCUUAAUAACCCUGUUAUGUAAGGCAACUAGUAUAUAAUUGUCUCACCACUACUCAUGCUUGCUGUAACGGUAUUUUAUUUUGCAAAUUGCUAGAGUGCUUGUGGUCAACUUUUCCGAGUUAACAUUUAGCAUCGCUUAAAGUAAAUUUUUAUGUACAUUUGCCUAGCAGCUUUGAUACUGGACUAGUCGUCAUAUGUUAUAUCAUGUCAACAGCUCGCAAAAAGUUCCACUUAUACAUACUCUGUAUAAAGUGUAGUUUUCGUCACAAUAUUCGUUUGGAGUAAUUUUUCAUAAUUUUAGGUAAAGAAUUCGAUGAAUUAAAUUUUCAUGAUUUUUUCAGAAUUCGCUAAAACUAUUUUCCAAGGUCCGACACCAUAUUCGUUGCAUACUUUGGGGCGUCCAAUCCAUUUCAAUUCGUAUGUUUUUAAUAAAUUCAGCCGAAAUGAUGGAAUUGCUUUAUUCUGGCAGCAUUAUUCCAAUUUCAUAUUUAAAAAAUUCAAAUUGUUUGCAAUUUAGCAUUUUAAAUAAAUGUUAAUUUGAAUUGAGAAAAAUUUUAUGGUUUAGAGCCUGAUUUUAGUUGGAAAAACAGAUGUUGAAACAAAUUUUGCGAGUAAUAUUUCAAUAAUACACAAGAGUGGCAUAAUUUUCGUCUGUUGAAAUUAUUUGGUUUUGUCAAUACUGCUAAAUACCUAAACAAAAUUUAAAUUAAAUUUAAAAUUUUACUGAUUUGCAGAAAUAUAGCAUAAUUUUAGGCAUACAACUUAAAUUAGAAUUUUGAAAAAUCUUACAAAAUUAUUUAAGCUUGUCUUUCCAGUAACAACUGCAAAUAUUUUACACAAGAGUCCACAAAAAAAUAAAUAAAAUGUAUUGAAGUGAAAUUGAAAGUCAAACAAAGAAUUGUGUGCGAAAAAAUAGCCGUUAAAGGCAUCCAACUUGUUUCAAUUUUCAUUUUUCAAUUUUGAACUCUUUUGCUCUUUAACUUUUGCUUUAAAAAUUUAAUUAUGUUUUUCAACAUGUAACAGCUCGUAUCAAACUCCAUUUGGAACAACUAAAAUGUGAAAAGAGCUCCCCUCAAAUUCGUUUAGGACCAACAAAAAUUUUAAGAGAUAAGAAAUUUUUUGAUACAUAAUUUCCUAGAAAUUCAAUCUUAAGGUGGUAUUCUGGUCUAGCCGCCUCAAUUUUAGGCAUUUUUCAAACAUAAAAAAUGGAAAGAAUUUUUACUUUUAAUUUUUUUAUGACUUUUAUUGACAUUUAGAGAAUAUCGAAAAAAAAAUUUUAAAAAAUAAUAAAAAAAUCGUUGAAUUACAGGUCUGUAGAAUGAUAUGACUCCAACCCUUAUAGCGAUCUGAAAUAAAUAAAUAGUAAAAUUCCUAUUUUAAUUAUUGUAAAUAUGACAUAUUAAAUUUUUUAAAAUUUUUUUUUAAAUACUCAAAUUUUCUAAAAUUCGAGGCAGGCGUAUAUAUUGUUUUGAAUAUCUAAGCUAUAAAUAAAUAUGAAAAUUUUUUUUUUUAGAUUUUUUCUAUUUUCUAAACAAGAAUACCCCCUUAAACCUGCUUUGUUAUAUAAUUUAAAUAGGCUAAGGCAUCCGGUUAAAAUACACAUACAAGGUUACAUAAAUUUAAUAAAUCCACAUACAGCUGAAAGUUAAAAAAAUAACUUACUGAAACUCCUCCAACGUUCCGUCGUGGAAAAAAAUACUCUAGAUACUCUAGAAUAAAUCAAAUAAAAAUAAAAAAAAAUUUGUUUUUGUUUUUUACUCUAAAGGCAAAAAACUAGUUUCGAUUUGUAAUGUUAUCUUCGCUUUCUUUUGUUCUUUAUCUUUUGUAUAUCUAAACGUUAUUCGGACGCCUAACUCUACUUGGCGGCAACGCUAGUAAAGUCUUGAGCAAAUCCUAAGAAAAUUUUGCAAUACAUUUUUUUUAAAUCUUCUUCUUCCUUUCAUAAUUGGCAUAGACACCACGUACGCCGAUGUAGCCGAGGCUGUGGUGUCCUUUUUAAAAUCUACACUAACAAAAAAACAUUAUACAUGUCACUAUCGGCUAUAAAACACUAAAACUCCUUUACUCUAUAACUAUUUGUGUGAACUGUGUAAACAAUAAUUUUUAAAUGUUUUUUGUAUGCUCUAAUUACAGUUAUUCUUAUAAUUAUAAUUACGUUUUUAAGUUUAAAUAAACAAUAUUGUAAACAUAAAAGCGAAAAGUAAAAAAGGAAAGAAAUUAAAAAAUGAGUCAAACGACAAAUAACUACCGAUACUUAUAUAAAAUAUAUUGCAAACAUGCUUAUAAGUAAUGGAAUGCUUUAAUUUGUACUUGUAAACAUUAAAAUAUAAUUUCUAUUCAUUUUUGUAAAAUAACAAUAAAUUGCAAAUUAUUUUGUGUUGAUAUUAUUAAGCGUAUUAUGCGAGUUGUGCAGUGAAGUUGAGGUCUAGGCGAAGCUGCAUAGUUUUAUGCAUGAAGUGGCAGUGAAAAUACAAAAAAAAAAA